GUGCGCAGUGAGUGUCCCCUGGGGCAGCUCCUGGCCCGCGAGGCCGCACUGAGCCGGGAGAUCCGCGCCCUGGACAGCGACAUGCAGACCCUGCUGUAUGAGAACUACAACAAGUUCAUCUCCGCCACUGACACCAUCCGGAAGAUGAAGGUGGAUUUCCGGCACAUGGAGGCAGAGAUGGACGACCUG